AUGGCGCCUCCAGGCAAAUCACAGAACAGCAGCGGGAUUCCUCCCAAGGGCCCCGAAACCAGAGCGAAGAAAGCUGAGCUUGCUGAAAAGCUACAACAGAUCGAGAAAGAUGCUGAAAGCGGAAAGCUAUCUGGUGCGAAAUUAGAGAGUGCCCGAGCGCAGAUCAAUGAGCCGGAACCCACUAAUAGCGAACAAGAGGUGGAACCUCAUUCAAAACCACCCUUCAAUGCCCAAGAUGUUUCGCCUGUGUCUAACCAUCUCAAUGGCGAUGGCGAAAAUGAGCCCGUCGAGCCGAACGAUACGCCGAUGGAUACGAGCGUGGACGUGACAAGACCAGUCAAGAACAUAUUGCCAGAUCCAGCGGAAGGCUUUGACGAUAGGUCUUUGAUCGUCAGGUUUAACAAGCUGGCCACCACGAACGGUCAGCGCGGUGGUCAGCCGGAGGCAUGGUGUAAACGUGGAACCUCGAGAAAAGUAAUCAUUCGACUAGGGCCUCCCGAAGCGGUCAAGUACGUGUUCCGAUCAGCAAAAGGAUAUAAUCUGAGAAAUUUGCCAGAGGCCUCUUAUAGUGCCUCUCGGAUAACCCAGAUAUGGGAUGUCGAUGAACAUGGAAAUAGGCACCGCCGCUACACUGCGGAAAACAUUGACGGAAUUAUUGGCGUUGCAAUCCAAGAACGUGCCGAUCCAGAUCGUGAGUACAAAAACGCACCUACAACUUAUCUUAAAGUUGUAUUUGUCAACAUCUGGGAAGAGGAUCAACACAAACUCACAAAUGGCCUCGCUUGGAUCCCGAAAGCUGACCUGGAUCCGCUAUAUGAGGAUGAAGAGAUAAUGGCCGUGAUCAACACAGUGUGGGAUCAACAGGAGGAACGAUAUAACCAGCAUGAAAAGGAGGCUGGAGGGGAUGAUUUUGAUCGUCUUCCAUCUGUCUGUCCGCUAGAGGUAUUCAAGCGCGAGAAAAGAUCUCGUACUCGCUCGGCUUCACCUAGAACAUCCUUAGAAAAUGCAAGACCCUGGUCAGGCGCAAAACGGGGUGCCACGGCAACCCCAACGAAACUAAACAAGAUCAUGCGUGAGUCUUCGGAUCGAGAUGUUAAGCAGGAGCCAGAGGAAGACAGUCCUUUUGUCCAACAACCUAAAGAAACGGGAGAGCCGCCUCUGUCGUCAACCGUCGCCGAUCUGCCCAGCGAUGCGCAGAAAGCUGAGAAACGAGAGCCACUCCGAUUCAACAAAUGGACUUACAUAGCGGAAUUAAGACGUUCAGAGAAGUGGGACACUAUGAGUGAAAAAGAAAAGGCAAAGCGCAUGGCCAAAGCGCUUGCAAGAUAUCACCACUACAGAGAAGAACGGCUCAGAAUGGGCGAUAUUGAAGAACCAGACGAUGACGAUGAGGAGGAGGAAAUUCAGAAAACGUAG